CCGUUUGCGUUCAAGUCUGCACCAGGAAGCAGGUGCAACCGUUGCCGGAGCUUGUUCGCGGAACUCCUUGCGAAAAGCGCUUUUCAUCUCUUGGAGGAGAACCAGUACUGGGCCACCUCAGCCCUCCAGCUGUCUCCAUUCCUCAUGGCCAUGCUGCGCGUGCCCGUGAUAAUGCUCUUCCUGGCCACGGCGUGGGCGCAGGAGCUCUCGCAGCAGGAGCUCGACCCCGCCCUCGCCGCGGAUGACGAGUGCGCCGACGGCGGCGACACCUGCGUCGUGGAGCUGCUGCAGGCUCGCGCCUCGAAGGACGUCAGGGCUGAGCACGCGAGCUCCGCCGAGAAGAAUAUCGAAGGCGCCUACGAGCAGCUUCUGCAGCAGAACGCCACCGCCAACGCCACGGCCAACGCAUCGCAGCCGCCCUGCAGGGGCAUCAACGAGGCCUGCUGGAUCGACCUCGACUGCUGCUCCGCGCGGUGCGGGCUCACGCGCCGCUGCCGGCCGGUGCGCUAG